AUGAAUUCUCCCAAAAAUCUCUCAACACUCUUUCUCUCGCUUUUAAUCUCUUUUAACUCUAUCAUCUCAUCAUCAUCAUCAUCUUCUUCUCCGUCAAGAACAAGCACAAUCGCAAGUAACAAUAACAAUGAGUAUUCGUAUUCGUUUUUUGAUAGUACGACAAGUAGUGCUAAUUCCUUGAAUUCCAAGCCAAAAAACCAAUCAAAAUCCACGGUGAGAAAACCGUCGUCAACCGGCUGUGAGGUGUGGACCAAGGCCUGCUCGGAAGAUGUUUUGGCCCUGGCACGGCGGCCCGAGACUGUUGCUUGGUUAAAGAGCGUGAGGAGGAAGAUUCACGAGAAUCCUGAACUUGCUUUUGAAGAAGUCAAAACAAGUGAGUUAGUUAGAGACGAGUUGGAUAAGAUGGGGAUCCAAUAUAGGUAUCCUUUAGCUAAAACGGGUGUUCGGGCUUGGAUCGGCACCGGCGGGCCUCCUUUUGUGGCUGUUCGAGCUGAUAUGGAUGCUCUGCCAAUUCAGGAAGCUGUAGAGUGGGAGUACAAAAGCAAAGUCGCAGGCAAAAUGCAUGCUUGUGGACAUGAUGCUCAUGUCGCAAUGCUGAUGGGUGCUGCCAAGAUUUUGAAGAGCCGCGAAAAUCUCUUGAAGGGAACUGUAAUACUGCUCUUUCAGCCAGCAGAGGAAGCUGGGAAUGGAGCAAAACGGAUGAUAGGAGAUGGGGCUCUAGAGGACGUGGAAGCUAUAUUUGCAGUUCAUGUAUCCCAUGAGCAUCCUACCGCCAUCAUUGGUUCAAGGCCUGGUCCUUUGCUAGCUGGAUGUGGCUUCUUCAGAGCGGUAAUUAGUGGCAAAAAGGGCCGUGCUGGCAGCCCUCACCGCUCUGUUGACCCCAUUUUGGCUGCUUCUGCUGCUGUAAUCAGCUUGCAGAGCAUUGUGUCUCGUGAAGCAAAUCCGUUGGACUCUCAGGUAGUGUCUGUUACCACAAUGGAUGGAGGCAAUAAUCUGGACAUGAUUCCAGACACAGUUGUACUCUGUGGCACUUUCAGGGCUUUCUCCAACGCAAGCUUUUAUCAACUUCUUCAAAGAAUCGAAGAGGUGAUUGUGGAACAGGCUUCUGUUUUCAGAUGCUCAGCAACAGUAGACUUCUUUGAAAAGGAGUCCACGAUCUAUCCCCCAACCGUGAACGAUGAUCAAAUGUACGAGCAUGUGAGAAAGGUGGCGAUUGAUUUGUUGGGUCCGACAAACUUCAGGGUGGUACCACCAAUGAUGGGCGCCGAGGACUUCUCGUUUUACACCCAAGUGGUCCCUACAGCUUUCUAUUACAUAGGCGUGAGGAACGAGACCUUGGGGUCAAUACACACAGGCCAUUCACCAUAUUUCAUGAUAGAUGAAGAUGUUCUCCCCAUAGGUGCUGCAACUCAUGCAACUAUUGCUGAAAGAUAUCUCAUUGAGCAUGGUUGA